AUGGGGCUUGCCGUGGAUGCACUCUUCUUCAUAGUGGCCUUUGCUACACCAGUGGCUGUGUCCAUUGGAAUGAUAAGCAAAGCCGACGAUUUGAGCAAAAGCUUCACUUGGCAUCCCAUUCUGAUGUCACUAGCAUUUUCCUGCUUCAUGGUACUAGGCCGAUGGGCUUAUGUGACAGACUCAAUUGGAGACAAGGCUCAACAACGGCCAGUUCAUCGUGCCUUGAUGGUGCUCGCCCUUCUGUUUGCAAUUGGUGGGUAUGUAGCCAUCUUCAUGGCCCACAUAAAGACUCCGACAUUCUUCGGCUACGACUUUGCCAAGCAUAGCUGGAAGGUGGCACCGCGAGUGAUUCAUGACUUCCUGGGUUAUGGAGUCCUUCUGUUAACCUUGACCCAGGCCUCUAUGGGCCUCCAAAAGCUCGCAAAGCUUCAAUCAGGUGUGAAGAUCUUUACUUUCCAUGGGCAGCUAGGAAAGCUGAUCCUGCUUUUGGCAGCGAUCCAGAUCCUGGUGGCCUGUUACCUUUGGAUUUGGUCCACUGGCUACAAGGUCCUUGUGGCCGUCCUCGCUGUUGGAGCAGCUCUUUGUGGAACCCUUUUCCCUCACAUGGCCCAAGAGCGACAGCUGCUCUCGUCGAGAGCUUAA